AUGGAGGUGCUGUCCGAAGAGGUCGCGGCUCUGACUCAAGAAGAGAACACCGUCCUGGGUUUCAGGACUCGGGUUAAAGUGGUCUGGAAUGAUGAGAUGAUGAAAGACCUGGAGGAUAGGCUGCACGCUCAAGUGCGUGCUCUAAACCUGCUCCUCCAAGCAUGCCAAUGUCGAUCGUCCUCCGAACAGAUCGAGCUUCUGCGGAAGGUGGAAAGCCGCAGGAUUACCCAGAAAGUCGCCGACGACACGGUGACUCUUCGAAGCCGCACCAGCAGCGCAGUGGGAUCCCAAGCUGACAGUCGUUCGAUCAGCAAUCGUCUGUCAUCAGUUGGGGAAACCACCUUCGAUUUCGACGAUACGCUCGCCUCUACCGAUGCCUAUCGGCGGGUCCUCCAGCACUCACAAUCAAGGCCCGAUGCGAAUCCGGCGAUCAUUCGAGGUCCAUCCAGAAGGACGGCCAUCACUUCGAGCGACGAAGGCUACGCCAGUCAGGAUGCAGGAACGACCACUCCAGCUCGAUCUCUAUCGACAGCCUCAUCUGGCGGAAAAAGCCACGUUCUGCGACCCAGUGAUCCCGUCCUGCUGGCAAACAGCCGUAGCAAGAGCGUGUCUCUUGGCGCCAACCCAGUUCGUCCCUCCGAUCAAAAUGUCCGGAGAUGGCAGUCUGUCAACACCCCCAUCCGUGGGAACACUGUCGUCAGGAUCCAGGAGAGAAAAGUUGCGUUCGGCCUUUCGCCGACUGAACACUUCGAGUCUGGCGAACUUGAAAACAUCGUCGUCGCGCAACCUCGUGAUGGAGCCACUGCCCCGGCGAUUGUCAAGGCCGCUCAGUCUGGAUCUCGCUUCGACGUCGAAAUUAAUCGAGAGCGGCCACGACAUCGAGGCGCGUCACAUCUGUUCAGGCGGUGGACCUCGAGGCGAAAACCUCGCGCAGCAGGACUGCUCUCUGGGUUGCAGUCAACAACGGCCAACUUGAAGCAGCGCGGUUGCUUCUGGCCAGCCAUGCCAAAGUCAAUUCCCGAGCAGACAAUCAAGAUGACGGCGCUCCAUGUCGCGGCAAAGCAGGGCGAUGUUGAAAUGGUCAGCUUGCUCAUUUCUCAAGGAGCCGAUAUGGACGCAAGAGAUGCUGCGAUGAUGACGGCGCUUCAUUACGCCUGCGAGGGAUGGCAUCUGACCGUGAUCGAGCUGCUGCUGAACAAUAAGGCCAACGUCGAUUCACCUGGCAGUGGGCGAACGCCGCUCAUCUGUGCUGCGGCGGCUGGGCAGCUGUUGGCGGUCCAGAUGCUCUUGAAGCGAAAGGCUACCUUCCGGUGCCCGGACGAAGACGGCAUGACGGCUCUCCAUUGGGCCGCCUUCAACGGCCACGUUGAGAUCGUGGAACUCCUCAGUCAGAAACGAGGCGCCCUGUCGAUGGUCGAUAGCCAAGGGAGGACGGCCCUGCAUUUGGCAGCAAUGAGCGGGCAAUUUGCUGUGGUGGAGUUUCUCGUGCGGAAGAACCCGCCGUUGGAUCUGCGGUGCCAGUCUGGCCUCAACCCGCUUCAUUACGCUUGUAUAGCGGAUAGCCCUGAAGUAGUCCAGCUGCAACUGACGUCGGGGGCCGAUAUCGAGGCUCAGAUAGAAGGCACGCAGCAGAGGCCAAUUCAUCUCGCAGCGGCUGGGCGGUCGGUACAGUUACUCAGUCUGCUUUGCGAGAGGGGAGCGUCUUUGGAGGCCCGAGAUGCAAACGGGGACCGCGCUCUGUGUGUGGCCUGCCGGCAUGGCUACGUUGCCGCUGUGCAGAAGCUCCUUGACUACGGUUCUCCUUUACAUUUACGCUUCGGGGCUCGGUUUCAUGAAGAUUCUCCAUUGUGCCUGGCAGCGAUGGGAGGCCAUCUGCCUGUGGUGUCACUUCUGAUCAGUCGGGGAGCGUCGGUGCUGAGCAAGGAUGAGAUGGGAUGGCUGCCGAUGCGGUACGCUGCGUAUUACGGACAUCCAGAAGUGCUAGAGGUGAUGAUUAUUCACCCGACUCCUUUGGGCUCUCUCCUGAGAGGAUUGGGUUCGCCCCGGACGCGGACAUCUACGAGGAGCGCAAGAGACGCGUGCUCGAUCUUUUUGAGACAGGCACAGAGGCAGCAUCAAACAUCAUUCCAGCCUGAAGUCAACCCUCAUGAUGGAUUUAGCCAGCCGUUGUCUCAUUAUCAAUCGGCGUCAACGUCCACGUCGUUGCCUGUGUCGUCGUCAUUCGCCUCUCUGCCGCAGGAACUGCCCAGUAGUCUCGAACAAGGUCUUCCGAGUAGUACAUCGACGAGUCCGAAUCGGCUCAAUCGAGGUCAGCAGAAUCAUGUGCAAUCGCAAUCCACGUCAGUCACGAAUGUGGACCAGAAUACGAGCGUGGCGGACUCUAAUGUAGUCCAGCAGCAGUUGUUUCCACAACAGCAGCCACCGCAGGCUACGCCAGCUACAUUCAUCCAACCUCAAGCAGGGUCAAGGGAAUCGCAGCCGGAGCACGGUCAUAAUGAUGCCGAUGCAUCACCGCAGCGAUACAGUUCUAUAGUGUCUGACAAUACCCCUUCUCCUAGUCUUGGUUCUUCUUCCACUCCUGUUUCUGAAGCACCUCGAUCCAUCCCAAUCAGAACGGCGACGACAACAGCAGCAGCUCCACCUUCGGUCUCAUCACCUCCACCAAUUUCUCCUCUCUUCCAUUUCUCAGCCAGCCUCCAGCUCCAGCGGUAA